AUGUUAUCCGGAUGCACUAAUCCUCUGUCGGGCUUUACACGGAGGGAGUCUGCGCUCAGGGGAAGAAAGUCGGUAGUUUUAUUCGGGGCCGCGGCGGUCGCCCUGGCCAGCGCGGCCGGCACCGAGAGUGGAGAGAUCUCCUUCGAGUACCACCGUUACGAGGAGCUGCGGAAGGCGCUGGUGUCGGUGUGGCUGCAGUGCCCGACCAUCACCCGCAUCUACACCAUCGGGGAGAGCUUCGAGGGCCGCGAGCUGCUGGUGCUGGAGAUGACCGACAACCCCGGGACGCACGAGCCUGGUGAGCCCGAGUUUAAGUACAUUGCCAACAUGCACGGCAACGAGGCCGUGGGCAGAGAGCUGCUCAUCUACCUGGCUCAGUACCUGUGCAACCAGUACCAGCAAGGCAACGAGACCAUCAUCGACCUCAUCCACAGCACCCGCAUCCACCUCAUGCCCUCCAUGAACCCAGACGGCUUCGAGAAAGCCGCUUCUCAGCCUGGCGAGAUCAAGGACUGGUUUGUCGGUCGCAGUAACGCGCAGGGUGUGGAUCUGAACCGUAACUUCCCCGAUCUGGACCGCAUCAUCUACAUCAACGAGCGGGAGGGCGGAGCCAACAACCACCUGCUGCAGAACAUGAAGAAGGCUGUGGAUGAAAAUACCAAGCUGGCUCCAGAGACUAAAGCAGUGAUCCACUGGAUCAUGGACAUCCCCUUCGUCCUUUCAGCUAACCUGCAUGGAGGAGACGUGGUGGCCAACUACCCAUAUGAUGAGACCCGCACUGGCUCCACCCAUGAGUACAGCGCCAGUCCAGAUGAUGUGAUGUUCAAGUCUCUGGCGAAGUCCUACUCGAUUUACAACCCAGUCAUGUCCGACCCUCAACGACCACCCUGCCGUAAGAAUGACGACGACUCCAGCUUCAAAGAUGGUAUCACCAAUGGAGGGGCCUGGUACAGCGUGCCCGGAGGAAUGCAGGAUUUCAACUACCUCAGCAGCAACUGUUUUGAGAUCACUCUGGAGCUCAGCUGUGACAAGUUCCCCAGUGAGGACACACUCAAGAACUACUGGGAGCAGAACCGCAACUCACUGGUCAACUACAUCGAGCAGGUUCACCGUGGCGUCAAGGGCUUUGUGCGUGACCUGCAGGGCAACGGCAUUUCCAAUGCCACCAUUUCCGUGGAGGGCAUUGACCAUGACUUGACCACAGCCAAAGAUGGAGACUAUUGGCGCCUACUGGCUCCAGGAAACUACAAAGUGGCAGCCUCUGCCCCAGGAUACCUGACUGUCAUCAAGAAGGUUGCUAUUCCCUACAGCCCCGUGACCAGGGUGGACUUUGAGCUGGAGUCUCUGAUGGAGAGGAAGGAGGAAGAGCGGGAGGAGCUGAUGGACUGGUGGAAGAUGAUGUCAGAGACACUGAACUUCUAAAGCGUUUGUCUGGCUGAUGAUCGGAUUGUCCGCACAUCGAUGUAAUAUAUUCAACAUUCUGUGUGCCCGUCCACUCCCGAAAAGAAUAUAUUGUCUCUUCUCCGUUUUGUUCUCUUUCGUUCAUUAUUUUAAUUGAUUAUAUUGUUCAUUAAUGUAAUGGUUUGGCCUCAUACUCCUGUAGAUUGUUUGUAUAUCCUGCAGACACACAAUCACAUACUGACGGACACAGGAGGAAUUUGCAGGUAGUUUGGUGGCAGCGAGAUCGAUGUUGAUUUCUGUGGUAUUGUGUUCUUUAUCGUACACGUGAUUGGUAACCAUGGCACCCAUCUAUAUAACCAAUGAGUGACUGAGUAAUUAUGUAUGUAAAAGAGCUGUUUACAUCAUUACCACAUGGCUCUGUCCAUAAUAAUUCGUCCUUUUUCCUGUUUUAAAUGUCUCUGUUUCUCGAGGCUUUAGUACAAACACACAAAUAUAAACACACAACCUUAGUGCACUAAAAAAAGGUUCAAUUCAAUUCCCGGUAACUGUAAACUUGCACACUCACACUCUCUCACACACACACACACACACACACUGUAAUAUAAUAUAUACAACACUAUGGUUUUGAGAUAAUCAGGGACAUUAAAAACUGUAAAAUCACUGUAUACAUUAUAUUGUAAACAAUCUAUACAGGCGAGCUCAUUUCCCUGUAUCUUAUUGAUGUUGAGAUUUUUUUUUUUUUAACUGACUGCAGCACAGCUUUGAUUUUAGCACAAGAUGAAUGGUUAUAAUAUAUACUGUAUUUAUGAGCUAGGUAUAGUAAGAAAUAUGUUGUUUUUGUAACUAAAAAAAAUAUAAAAGAAAACAAGACAAGGCCAUGACACCUAUAAAUCCGUCAACCUCAGUCUACCCGAAGCCAUUCCUUUGUAUGUGCACUACACAGGGAAAACUAUGGUACAUAAGGGACUGUGGUAAAAGUACAAGUUGUUUUUCAAGGAUAAAUUAACACUAAUCUUCUGAGUGGACUGUAUGGAUGCUGUUCAUCUGGUUUGAGACCACAGAAAGAAUUUAUUGAAUGUAUAGCUAUAGAAACAGUUACAAAUGUAAAGAAUGAACUGAUCAAUAAAACUCCCCUCUUUAUGUUGUCAAA